AUGAUGCAUCAGCAAUCCAUGAUGGUUGGAGAUAUGAUUCCUGUACACUCUGAAAUACCCGUGCAUACUGAAGAAAUGAAUAAUGUUGGAUAUGAUAACAGCAACUCGUAUACUUAUGAUGAUCUGUUUCCUGCAUUGCCACAUGCCCCGCAACUGCCUGUGCAACGUAGCAUACAACAAGUGAACAAUAAACUACGUGUUGGCUCUUCUCUGCAUACCCAGGUUUUCCAUGUGCCAUAUGAAGAGAGAAAACUGGAUAACGCAAAUACUUUUGGUGAAGGUGAAUCCUUAAGAACUUGUCAAUCUAUCACCAAGGAUACUGGAGCCCAUAUUGAAAUAUCCACUAGCAAGGAUGGAAGCUUGACUUUUCUUAUUACUGGGAAACACAGUGCAGUCCUUGAUGCUAGAAGACUUAUAUUGACUCAUUUUCAACAACAGGCAAGUAAGCAAGUUGCGAUUCCUAAAGAGCAUCACCGUUGGAUUUUGGGCAAACAAGGGCAAAAGUUAAAAGAAUUGGAGAAGGUGACAGCCACUAAGAUUAGUGUUCCUAGUAUAGCCGAUAACAGCGAAACAAUUACUAUAACUGGAACAAAAGAGGGCAUUGAAAAAGCGGAACAUGAAAUAAGAGUCUGCUCUGAAGAACAGUCUCGUAAGGCAUUGGAACGUAUAACAGUGCCUAAGAUCUAUCACCCGUUCAUCCAAGGGCCGUUCGGGGAGCGCGCAGCAGCUCUCAGCGCGGAGACCGGCGCUCGCAUCCACAUCCCGCCCGCCUCCACUCAGAGCGAUGAAAUCGUAAUCGCAGGCGAGAAGAAUGGCGUACUGGCAGCAAAGGCGCAAAUCGAACAGAUUUAUGAAGAAAUGGCAAAGAAGUGCUCUACUGUCCGUGUUGAGGUCCCUAAAUCUCAACACAAGUAUGUUAUUGGUGCUAGAGGAACAACGAUUCAAGAAAUUUUGAGAGAAACUGGUGUAUCUGUUGAAAUGCCCCCACCUGACUCCCCUACUGGAACUAUUACGUUGCAUGGACCACAUAAUAAAAUUGGCCUUGCUUUGUCCAAGGUAUGUGAAAAAGCAAACUCUGUUAAAACUGCUACUGUUGACGCCCCCACAUGGAUACAUAAGUACAUUAUUGGAAAGAAUGGCUCUAAUAUUAAGAAGAUUACUCAAGAUUUCUCAAAGGUACAUGUUGAUAUAACACACUCGGAAGAUAAGGUUAAGAUAGAUGGACCGCCAGAGGAAGUUGAGCGUGCACAAGUUGAAUUGGAUAGCUUUGUUAAGAAUUUGCUUGCAACACUCACAUAUGUGGAACUCUCCGUAGAUCCUAAAUUCUUUAAGCAUAUUAUUGGCAAAAAUGGAACUAACAUUAACAGACUGAAAGAUGAGACUGGUGUAGUUAUUAAUAUUAUUGAAAGCGAGGGAAACAAUGUAAUUCGCAUUGAAGGCAGUCACCAAGGUGUUGCUGAUGCUGAAAGGGAAUUAAGAGAGAUGGUAAUGAAACUUGAAAAUGAAAGAACAAAAGAGGUAUUUGUUGAUCAUAGAUAUAUUAAGUCUUUAAUUGGAGUUCGAGGAGAUAAAAUUAAGGAAAUCCGUGAAAAAUUCGACCGUGUUCUCAUAUCACUGCCAGACCAAGGUCAAAAGAGAAGUCCAAUUAAACUUAGAGGUCCUCAAGAGGACAUUGAAAAAUGUGAGAAGUACCUCCAUAAAUUGAUGAAGGAGAUAGCAGAGUCCUCUUAUGUACAGGAAGUGCCAAUAUUUAAGCAAUUCCAUAAAUUUAUCAUUGGCAAGGGUGGCGUUAAUUUACGAAAAAUUCGAGAUGAAACUCAGACUGCUAUUGAUCUUCCCGCGGAGGGUGUCGACAGUGACGUUAUCACUGUGCGGGGUAAACGUGAGAAUGUAGAGGAAGCUGUGAAAAGGAUACAGCAAAUUCAUAAUGAAAAGGCGAAUGUUGUCACUGAGGAAGUCACUAUCGCGCCCAAGUACUACAACUCGUUGAUUGGUGCCGGCGGUAAGCUCAUACAUUCUAUUAUGGAAGAGUGUGGCGGCGUACUUAUCAAGUUCCCACCCGCAGACAGCGAUAGUGAUAAGGUCUUGAUUAAAGGGCCAAUAGAGGAUGUAGAAAAGGCCAAGCAGCAACUUUUAGCGCAUGCAACUGAGCGCGAGCUCACUUCCCACACGGCCCAAGUACGUGCUAAACCAGAACAUCACAAGUUCCUGAUCGGCAAGAGUGGUGCUAACAUAAAAAAAAUCCGGGAACAGACUGGAGCACGUAUUAUUUUUCCCACUGAAAAAGAUGAGGAUAAAGAAGCUAUUUUCAUUAUUGGGCGAGAAGAGCAAGUGGAGGCGGCUCGCAAGCAGUUAGAAGCGGCGGUCGCAGAGAUAAGCAACGUGUCAGAGGGCGAGAUGCCGGUAGACCCGCGCCACCACCGACACUUCGUGGCGCGCCGCGGCGAGGUGCUGCGCCGCAUCGCGGACGACUGUGGCGGCGUGCAGAUCUCGUUCCCGCGCCAGGGCAUCAACAGCGACCGCGUCGUGCUCAAGGGGCCUAAGGAGUGCAUAGAGGCAGCUAAGACACGCAUCAAUGAAAUUAUCGAAGACUUAGAGGCCAAGGUUACAAUAGAAUGUAUCAUUCCACAAAGACAUCACCGCACAGUAAUGGGGGCUCGCGGUGCCAAAGUGAAAGAUAUCACUGCAGAGUUUGAUGUGCAAAUCAAGUUCCCCGAACGCGACCCUACAGAAGGUGCAGAUAUUCCAGUGAAGAAUGAAGAUAACUCCGAACCAAACGCCAAUGAUAUUAUCAGAAUAACAGGCCGUCCCGAAAACUGUGAAGCUGCCAAGAAAGCUCUGCUUGAACAGGUGCCAAUUACGAUAGAUGUUGAAGUACCGAAUGACCUUCAUAGACUUUUAGCUGGUCAAAAGAGAAGAGAAUUGAUGCAGAACUAUGAUGUUCACAUUCUCAUGCCACCUAAUGAUGAAAACAGUGAUAUUGUUAAGGUUACUGGUACACCAGCAAACGUUGAAAAAGCUAAGUUAGCCCUUGUAGACAAAAUUGUUGAUAUGGAAAAAGAAAAGGAAGAUAGAAUUUUGAGGUCGUUUGAGUUGAAAUUUAAAGUCGACCCUGAGUACCAUCCUCUGGUUAUUGGUAAAGGUGGUUCUGUUAUCACGAAAAUCCGUACCGAUUAUGGAGUGCAAAUCAACCUGCCAAAGCGUGGAGAACCUGAUGAUGAUAUUAUCACGGUACAGGGUUAUGAAGAUAAGGCAAAGCAAGCCAAAGAAGCCAUUAUGGCGAUUGUGCAUCAACUUGACAAUCAGUACAGGGAUGAAGUAGAUAUCGAUCCCCGCGUCCACAGGAGGCUCAUAGGUCUAAAAGGAAAGAACAUUCGCCGCAUAAUGGAUGAAUUCAAGGUGGACAUCAGAUUCCCUAAGCAAGGGGACGAUAGCAUUGUCGUUAUAACUGGCGAUGAAGAUAAUGUUUUAGACGCCAAAGAUCAUCUUCUCAAUUUGGCGGAGGAAUAUCUGCAAGAUGUGGUGGAUCGUUACCAAAGGCCAGCAGCGCCAUCUCUGGGCGACUUUGGUGAUGUAUUGAGUGGGGAGAUCGCCAGUGGCGCACCGCCGGCGCCCUCUACGGGCUUCGUGGUGAAGGGCGGGCCGUGGGAGCAGCGCGCGCCCGACACCGCCUCCACGCACGAGUUCCCUACCAUGCCGGGCGCGCCGCGCGCCGCCGCGCCCGCCGCCGCCGCCCCCACCGCCCCCACCACCGCAUGGGGCCCGCGCCGU